AUGAGUGCAGACGUCCAGAAACUCCUUUCUGACAUUUCUGAGGCUUUGAUCACAGAUGAACUGGCAGCUCUGAAGUUCCUCAGCCUGGAUCAUGUCCCCAUGAGGAAGCUGGAAGCCAUCCAGAGGGCACAGGACUUCUUUGAAGUGCUGCAGGAGAAAGGCAUGAUCGAGGCGGGGAACCUGUCCUUCGUGAAGGAGCUGCUGUACCGGAUCGGUCGGAUCGACCUCCUGGUUGCCCAGCUGGGCUCCAGCCGAGAGGAGAUGGAGAGAGAGCUUCAGAUCCCCGGCAGGGCGAAGGUGUCAGCCUACAGGCAACUGCUAUAUGAAAUUGCAGAGGACUUGACUCAAGAAGAUGUCAAGAGAGUGAAGUUCCUGCUCCAAAAACACAUACCAAGGAAGAAGCUCCAGGAUAAUGCUUCAAUGUUGAAGGUCUCACUGGAAAUGGAAAGAAAUGGGAUAAUUAAAGAAGAUGACCUGGCAAUGCUGAAAGAUAUAUUAAAGGGAUUUAGAGAUGACGUAAAUAAAAAAAUUUAUACCUAUGAAGAAAAAAAAAAAGGUAAAUUAUUUAAUCAAAAACUCCACUAUCCAGUGUCUGUGUCUGUGCAUCCAGGACAAGGAGCAGAGAGGGAGACACCACAUGUUGUGGAAUCAUAUAAGAUGAAAAAUAACCCCCAUGGUUACUGUGUGAUUCUUAACAACUACAUUUUUAAAAAUCUGCAUGAAACCAGAGAAGGAACAGUGAAAGAUGGAGAGGCUGUGAAGAGGGUCUUUAAGUGGCUUCAGUUUGAGACAGUUGAGCACAUGGAUCUAGAAGCAAAGCAAAUGUAUGCGAAAGUUAAAGAAUACAGCAAAAAAGAUCAUAGUAACAUGGACUGUUUUGUUUGCUUCAUUUUUUCCCAUGGUGACAAAGACAAAAUAAAAGGCAUUGAUCAUGAGUUUGUAAAUAUUAAGGAUUUAGUCUCCUGCUUCACCGGAUCUAAUUGUCCUUCUCUUGCUGGCAAACCCAAGCUGUUUUUCAUCCAGGCUUGCCAAGGCUCUGGAGUUCAUCCAGCUGUCACAGUAAAAGAAGACUUUUCUGGCCAUCUUGAGACAGAUGCUACCCCUCUGACUUCCAUUCCUGAUCAGGCUGAUAUUCUGAUUGGCAUGGCUACGGUGGAAGGCUUUGAGAGCUACCGCUGUGAAGAGACUGGCAGUGUUUACAUUCAAUGCCUCUGUGACAAGAUGGAGUUGCUUUGCCCAUUGCGCAAGGAUCUCAUAACCAUCCUGACAGAAGUGAACAAUGAAGUGGGAAGAAGAGUGUUAAAUGGAUGGAAGCAGAUGCCAAAGAUAACAUCAACCCUACGGAAAGAAUUGAUCUUCCAGAUUCCACAAUGUCCAUCAAUUGAAAAGCAGAAAAAUAAGAAUACACUCAGUUAG